AUGGCUCGGGGUGCACCCCUUCGAAGGGUUAGAGGCAGGCAAGGCCCUUCGCUACCAUAUCCCGGAGUUCCUGGCUUCUUCUUCUACGACUAUCACCCUGAGAUUCUACCCGCGCUGUACCUCGCCGCCGUAGAUUUCAACGGGCUUGUCAUGACCCGGCAUGGCACGGCGGUGUUCGACGUGCCGGGCCACGCGUGGUUCGUGGUCGAUCCACCCGGUCUGGCCACCGGGCGGAUCACUAUUGUAACCUUUCGCUCCAAUGGAAGUGUCCGUGCUUCUGCCUCCCGCCGGCCGUGGAAUAUAGGCCAAGUUAUGGGUUUCAUGCAGAUGGGUCGGUUAGUGUCUGAUUUGUGGACUCAUCCAUCGGGGGACCGCCACAGUAUAAUAAACCGUAUGUUUUCCCCCUUGGAUAUGGGCGUUCCGAUCCUCGAGUUCUUUGAGCCCACCCGACAGAGCAACCAGUUUCUCCAUUCGGCCUACUGUUCCCGUGGUAAUCGGGACGUGUGGGCCCAGAUCAUCGAGCAGAGUGCGCCUGGGUAUCUGGAGCUGGAGGCCCAAGGGCGGGAAGUGGUAUUCCAGCUUGAUUAUCUGCUGGAGAUGAUUAAGCACUGA